UUCUUGACCUUUUGCUGUUACUUAAGUUUAUUCCGGCUUCUCAACAUUUUCAGACGUUUCUCUGGAGUCGGCCUUUCAAAAUCCUCUUAGUUCCGGACCGCAGCUGAGUUAGAACGAGUUUCCUUGGAAACCAAUGAAACGUUUGGUGUAGCGAUGCUGGAGGCCACGUGCGGGAAGGAUGAAGCUCCAGAAUUGCAGAAAAAGAAAACCCCUACAAUGGUGUCAUGAAAAACCUCUACAUAUAUUCAGUUGGAGUAAGACAGGGUGUGGAGAAAGAUAACCCACAAUUCAUCACGCCUGGACCCCGUGCCAUCUCCAACCUUAACAUCCAGCCUGCUAUCUUUGUCUUUGAUAGACGAGGUGUUUCCAGCAAACCACUCACAUCUCGACCCUAGUCCCGAUCGGAGCUGAAAACAAUGAAAAGAACAGAAAGAGAGGAAGGUACAGACGGGGAAACCGUUCCCUGCUUCUUCUCGCAGAGAACACUCAUGGCAGUGAUGGGGUUUUUCGGGUUUAUUUUUGUGUACGGUCUGCGAGUGAAUCUCAGCGUGGCCAUCGUGUGUAUGGUCAAGAAGGACAACACCACUGGCAACACCUCCACAAAUGUCUCUUCCUGUGGUGCCGACGACAGCAACACUUCUUAUUCUAAAAAUGUUGGAGAGUUUGACUGGGACAAAAGUACUCAGUCCAGUAUUAUGGCCUCCUUCUUUUACGGGUACAUCGUUACGCAACUCCCGGGUGGCUGGAUGGCAGGGCGCUUCGGAGGCCAAAGGGUACUUUUGGUGGGCAUGUCCAUCGUUACCCUGACAACGCUUCUGUUUCCGGUGCUGGCAAGGACUGACUAUCGUCUGGUCUAUGUCCUCCGUGUUAUCAACGGUCUGGCCUCGGGAGUGUCCUUUUCCAGCAUGCACACCCUGCUAGGACGAUGGGCGCCACCCAGAGAACGAUCCAGAUUAGCUUCCUUUGUCUACUCAGGACACAUGGUUGGUAACAUUUUGAUCUACAUAGGCGCCGGACAGCUGUGUGCCUACGGCUUUGACAACGGCUGGGGUUCCGUGUUUUACCUGUCAGGAAGCAUAUGUGUUGUAUGGCUUGUUUUAUGGGGGCUUCUGGUGUCGGAAAGUCCGGAAAAAUGCAAACGAAUCUCUGAAGCCGAAAGAAACUAUAUAAUGAAAAGUAUUGGCAGUCAGCUGGGACAGAAAUUCAAGGUGCCCUGGAAAGCUGUGUUCACUUCCAAGGCCAUGUGGGUCUGUCUAAUAGCCAACACGUGUAACAACUUCAUGCAUUUCACCCUUCAGACAUCACUUCCAAUAUUCAUGGAUGAAGUACUUCACUUCAAUAUUCAACAGAAUGGGUUGUUGUCUGCUGUACCCUACAUGGCGAUGGCUGUGUCGUCGGUGGCCGGUAGUCACGUGGCUGACUACUGCAUCAGGCGCUGUCUCUCUACAAAGGUCACUCGCAGACUGUUCCAAGUCGUGGCGUUUGUGGGAAGUGGGUCGUGCCUGGUGGCCACAGGCUUUAUUCCCUGUGAGAAUAGACAUCUAGGACCAGUCCUGCUGGCUCUGGCAGUGGGAUUUGAGGGUCUGUGCUUCAGCGGCUACAUGGUUAAUCAAAUAGACUUUGCGCCAAGAUAUGCAGGCUUUCUCAUGGGAGUCAGCAGCUUUUUCUCAACCAUACCUGGGCUGAUUGCCCCUUUGAUUGUUGGCGCUCUGACACCUAACAAGACACAAGAAGAGUGGCGACUAGUGUUCUACAUCUGCGCUGGAAUUGCACUCCUUGGCGCGAUUGUCUUCGGCCUGUUCGCCCAGACAGACGAAGAACCAUGGGCCAAGGAGACGACCAAAGACAUCUCUCUUCCUAGCAAGGAGACAUCAAAGGAAGCACACACCUACGACAACAAAGCAUGGAACCCCGACGAUGAACCUGAGAAAACUGUCUAUAAUAUAGAGUUGUAGACUCGUUUUCCACGAAUUAAAUCCUCGCCUGAUCUGACAGUAUUUUUUCGAUUUAACUACCCAACAAACCUUUGCUUUUCUGGGUUACUGGUCAAUAACAGAAAAAAAAAUGGAGAGGAAGGCAUAGGGUAGAACACAAUUCAGCUGUGUCAGCUUAUGUAUGUGUGUGGCCUCUUGCCUACCUGUAAAUACGUCCACGUGUUGCAUCCCUGUAAAUAUGCCACGUGCUGCAUACCUGUAAAUAUGUGCACGUGUUGCAUACCUGUAAAUACUUCAACAUGUUGCAUACCUGUAAAUAUGUGCACGUGUUGCAUACCUGUAAAUACUUCAACAUGUUGCAUACCUGUAAAUAUGUGCACGUGUUGCAUACCUGUAAAUAUGUGCAAGCGUGAACGAUUUUUUUUUUAUAUUUUUUGGUCUAUGACAAAACUUCUAUUUUUGUCCAGUUUCCAGAAGCCAAUCCUCCUAAUCUGUUUUCUAUUGAGUGCCCCAAGGCGAAAUAUUCGUUU